GCCAAACGAAUCGUAUACUGUAUUAUUAGAUAUGUAUUGAAGUAAUAUUGAGUGAAAUGCAAUGUAUUUCAUUGUAAUCAUCAAAUAAUGUGAACGAACUGUUGCUUUGCUUAUUAUUAUUGUUUUGCGCACCAAAUGAUGGUAAAUCUCUGCAUACAAUCAGCUGUUCAUCAGAUCAUCCAUUCUUUGCCAGUAUUUGUUGGAUUCUGAAGACACAGACAGACAUUCUGUGGUUUCCUUUUGGUACACGUCUUGCCAUUUAUUUCUUGUAUUUGUUUUGAUUCUUAACACAAGAAUCACAACUAAGUCCGUGAGUAAAGUAGUUACAGAAUUUGGGCAUAAAUUGGACAUUAAAACAAGAAUUGCCACAAAAAAACAUACAAACCUUAACUAAUAUUCACAUGAAAUCCACGCAUAUUUUGAUUGGAAGAGAAGUGAAUUGAAUUAAAGUUUCAAAUUCUGUUUAAGUAUUAAUUGUAUUAAUAAACAAAUUGGUGGAAAAUGCCGCCCCAUAUCACACCCAGCAAUAGUCAUCCGUUCCCGACGCCCACCACAUCGGCUGUCAGUUCACCACAAACUCGAAUAGUGAGCGGUAGUCCCCGAGAGACACAACAUUUGCAAACAAGUGAAUCAAGUGAUACUGACUUCUGGAGACCCGUUAAUGUAGGCGAAGGAAAAACAUGGUUUUUUCCGGAGACAUUGUUAGGCCAACCUUUUCCUACACCCGCACCAACUUUUGAUGGACAACAGACUCCAGUCAGACAAAGGGCAGAGAGUGUAGCGUCUGAUCCUAACUUUUGGACAGAACAUCGCGGAAAUGAUGGAAAGACAUGGUUUUUGCCGCAGACUCUAUUGGGCCAACCAUUUCCAAGACCAGCGCCGACUUUAGGUGAACAACAAACGCGAGUUAAAGAGAGAGAAGACAAUCUGGAGAUUGAUAGAGACUUUUGGACAGAACAGCGGGAAAGUAACGGAAAGAUAUGGUUUUUGCCGAAGACAUUGUUUGGUCUACCGUUCCCGACGCCCACCACAUCGGCUGUCAGUUCACCACAAACUCGAGUCAAACACCGGAUAAUAAGCGAUGGCUCACAAGAGACAAGAAAACAAUUUAAAACGAGUGAAUCAACUGAUACUCAAAACCUUGGAAUUGAUGAACACUUUUGGACAGAACAGCGUUUAGGAGAUGGAAAGACAUGGUUUUUGCCAAACAAGGCUCACAAGAGACAAGAAAACAAUUUAAAACGAGUGAAUCAACUGAUACUCAAAACCUUGGAAUUGAUGAACACUUUUGCUGUCUUGUCGCAAAUCCUCUACCUUUCUGUACCAAAAACGGUUUGUGUGACAAUCCGGUUGGGAAGGGCUGGCGACUGUGUGUCGUCUGUUGGGUUAUAG